ACUCCCCACCCCCCUGCUGCUGCUGCUGUUGCUGCUGCUGCUCCUGCUGCUGCUGGGCUCGCUAUUGCCGCUCGCUCCAGCUGAGCCCUGAGUAGCAGCAGGACCAGGGCAGGGACUGACUCCAGUCCUUGGACUUAGGACACCGCAGCCCCUUCCCUUACGUGCGUGACUCAUUCGCAUAUCAUUUCUGUUUAUGCCUGGGGUGGGGAGAAAAAUCCCAAACCAGGUACUGUUUCGCCUUCUUGCUGCUGUGGAGAAAGAAGUCUGAAGGUUCUGACUUCUCCUUCUUUGUGUAGAACCUAUUUGCUUUUCCCCCGGAUGACAACUACUGGAAGGGAUCUUUUCUUUGUCUGACGUUUUCUGAAAUUUCAUAAAAUCGUUACAGAGCCGUGUAAAUGAGUAUGGAAGAUUAUGAUUUCCUGUUCAAAAUUGUUUUAAUUGGCAACGCUGGAGUGGGGAAGACGUGCCUAGUCCGACGAUUCACUCAGGGUCUUUUCCCCCCAGGUCAAGGAGCCACAAUUGGAGUUGAUUUUAUGAUUAAGACAGUGGAGAUUAAUGGUGAAAAGGUAAAGUUACAGAUCUGGGACACUGCAGGUCAAGAGAGAUUUCGUUCAAUCACCCAAAGUUAUUACCGCAGCGCCAAUGCCUUGAUCCUUACCUAUGACAUCACCUGUGAGGAAUCCUUCCGUUGCCUUCCUGAGUGGUUGCGAGAGAUAGAACAGUAUGCUAGCAAUAAAGUCAUCACUGUGUUAGUGGGUAACAAGAUUGACCUAGCUGAAAGGAGAGAGGUCUCUCAGCAGAGGGCUGAGGAAUUCUCAGAGGCUCAGGACAUGUAUUACCUGGAAACAUCAGCCAAGGAAUCUGAUAAUGUGGAGAAACUCUUCCUUGACUUAGCAUGCCGACUCAUCAGUGAAGCAAGACAGAACACACUGGUGAACAAUGUAUCUUCACCCUUACCCGGAGAGGGGAAAAGCAUCAGCUAUUUGACUUGUUGUAAUUUCAACUAAAGGCUGAGGCAAAGAGAAUCAAAGGGAAUCAGUAGUUGCCUUGGUGGGCCGUAUGUUGCUAGGGAAUCUGGCAAUGACUAUGGCUCCUGCUCUUGGACCUUCUGACUCCUGUAGGCUCCAGAGCUUACAAAGCAUGCAGGCCAAGGGCCUCGACUGCAGGCCAGCAUUAGCAGAACACAUAAUGGUUUCAGUCUUUUGCAGUCUGGCAUUGGAGCAAGGAGAAAAUUGCACUAAGUGCUCCAUGAUCUGCAGAGCAUGUUGCUUUUGUUUUUAAAAAAGCAAGUAAAAGUGCAUUCCUGAACACAGUGCAGGGGAUCAUGUACUGUAGGAAUCCCUCCUGUGUGUCAGCGGGUGCAUGUGGGGCUGAUCUUUAGGCUUCAGUGGUAAUCUGGUGCCCAUGGUUUUCUUGUCUACCAGGUAAACCAAAACUGGAAAGGCCAAUACUGUCUCUGUGAUACUUAUUGAUAACCCCAUGGAGAUUUUGAAAAGUGUUAUUUCUUUUGUCCUCAAGCACUUUCAAAACCUUUGGGAUGUAAAAACUAAAACUCUUCUCAUGACCAACAGUAAAAAAUAUUGUUUAAUAACAUAUACAAGCUCCAUGACUCCUUUUGGUGCUAAUGAUUAUGAUAUUUCACAGACCAAACAUUUUACUACACUGAUACCCUUAGAUGUAUUACCUAGAAAUAAAAAGAAAAUGGGGGACAUCCAUGAAUCAGCAGUCUUGUUCAAAGCGUCAUUACCACCUUUUCUAGCAUGGGUUUGUACAUGAGAAUUCCCUUUUUUUUUCAUAUUCUCCUUCAAAUUUCUUAACUUUCUUCUAUUGUUUCGCACCUUUUCUGCCAUUAGGUAAAAUCAAAGUUGGAAAAAAAUGGGGAAAAUAUAAUGGAUGAUGGUAUCAUAAUAAAAUAGAUUCCUUGUAAGACAUUUUGAGUAGCAUGAGAAAACAGAGCAGAUAUGACCAAAAUACUGUGGAAUAUGGACUGACUGCAGAGCAGGGUUCCAGACAGAGCACAGUCCUUGAUAACAAGUCACACCUUUUCCUUUCUGGAACUAUCCUUGGAUAGACCAAGGCUUAGGAUUUUGUAGACAUUUUUAGUAUGAUAAGUGAGAAUAGCAACAGAUGAAAAGUUUCACAUCAUUUUUGUAUCUUCAAUAAACUUAGGAAAGGCCUGCGAGUUGUCCUUAACCAUCUUAUAUUAAUGUCGAUCUCAGAUUCAUGACCAUAUUUCCUUUUCCCUUUAUCUCCUCUUUUCCCACUCCCUCUUCUUUGCCUUUUUCCCCAUCCUGGUAUGUAUGUAUUACUGCAAAUCUCCAAUUCCAAUGGAGGUAUAUAUGCCUUUACUUAGCCAAUUUAAAAACAGGUCUCAAAUUGGAAGACGUGCUGCUGAGUGAGUUCCUGUUUCUUCAGUGCCAUGAUUUGAUACACUCUCAUGAAUGCAAAUUGUGGCAGUAAUUAAAUCUGUAUGCCGUGGGUGCUGUCAGGUGUUUCUGUGACUUGCUGCAUAGCAUAAAUAACUGAGUGAUGAAUCAUUGAAUGAGGAUAUGACGUGUAAUUCCACUGUUGGUAUUGAUGGUAACAGUCUUGGACCUGACACAACACUCUUGGAAGCUACUGAAUUAUAAAGCAAUGUGUCAACACAGCAGGAUAUUGAUAAUACAUUUCUAACAUUUCUCUAACAGAUUCUAUAAAGGUCCCAUCUCCUUCACAUGGAACUGUGUGUAUUAUUACCCAACAUUGGUAUUGUAAUUGGCUCACUAUGUUUUUCUUGAUUCUAUAAGAAAGCGACAGGCUUUCUAAAAGUUUGAACUGUCUUUUGUUUUGUUAUAUAGGAAGAGGAGAAAAAUCACUUUAAUUGAAAAUUAAAAGUUUAUAAUUACCUUGACUUCCCUAUUAAGCCAGCAACCAAAGGCAUCAAAAGAUAAACUAAUCAAGGUUACAAAAGAAUUUAUCUUUCUACUGAAUGUCCCUAAAUUUGAAUUUAUUACUUUUCUUUACAGCAAAGUUCUGAUCUCCUCAGCAUAUGAUGACUCAGCCUUGUCUCAUAGCAGUAUUAAAAAUAACUUGCUUUGUGAACUUUAAGGGCUUUGUGAGAACGGACUAAUUUAGUUCCAGAAUAACAGCUUCUGGGGUCACAUUUAUGUUAUGUUAUUCUUAUUACUUAGGUUUACAGCACUCCACCUGUCCCUCAAGGUUAAGAAGCAGCUUAGGAGCUCUAAGGUCCCUCUUCUCUUGGGUCUUGAGACAUGCAGUAGACCAUAGGCAUCACUCCUUGGCCCACUAGUGUGGACACUUGAGAAGCUGGGCCUUUACAUUCCAUAGUUCUGUGAAUUUCUGAUUAGGCCUUUUGAAUAUUUUUCCAGUGAUGUAUCUCAAAUUAGAGAACAAUCCUUGACAAUAUUAUAGGUGCAAUAAAUACCAGUUGAUUAAGUGUUUCAUUGCCAGAACAUUUUUGUUGUUGCUUUUUGUUUUGUUUUGUUUUUUAAAUGAAAGUCUGUAAAGUGGUAAUUGAGAAAGAAUCCUCUUAAUCUAGGGCAGGAUAUAAGUAAUAAUUCUUAGUGGCAGGGCAAUGUCUGCUCUGAUAGACCCCUUUUACAUAAAAUUGUUUACUGGUGGAAAAAAAGUUUUGGUUUAUUGUAAUGUAGUUUGACUUAUCCUGACAAGACCAUCUCUUCUAUUUGUGAUGUGAUAUUUUUCUUCUUUUAAUAAAAUUGUUAUACACAUGGCAAUCUUUUUUAGCUUCCAGUUAAAACACAUGUUCAGGUUCUAGAGUCAUGCUUGGAAAUGAUCGAUGGAAUCAUAUAAUUUUCUGGUAUGGCUUUGUAUAGAUGGCAUCCUCAAAGAAUUUAGUGGUUUCUCCUUUUCCUACACAAAGCUGUCUUCAUUUGUAUUCUUUUUAUUAGAUCUGUUGGAUUACAUUAAUAUUUAAUUAUAUAGAGUCAGUUUUCUUAUAUAAACUUCUUAAGUUACAUCAUUGGCUAUUUCUGGCUUUAAUUUCUGCCCCAUAUUUUAGUCAUUUUUGAUGACAACAUCUUUAAGUGGCAAGACAAUAACUAAAAAUGAAAUAAAUGUAUUAGCAUGCCAGUACCGUCAAGUUCUGAUUGUGAAAUUAUUAAGAAACCACUGACCAAAACCGGAUGCUUGGACUAGUAUGAUCCAAAGCAAUAGCUUGAUGGAGGGAGGAAGCAGAUUCUUUAUCUUCUAUUCAUGAACAUAUACCUUGGAAGGACCCGAGUGCCUGCCAGUGUUAGAUCAAGGAUUUGCUAGUCUUCUCUUUGAGCUAUUUCACAGCAUCAACUUUCAGUUAGGCUAAUUCUGAAAAAAUACCAGUUGCAAAUCAUUUUGAACUCGUUCAGCACCCCCCCACCAUGUAUCAUACUAGUGGCCUUAAAGAUAGGGGAAUUUUCCACGUCGUAAUCCUACAGAAUGCUGUGCAUCUCAUGGACACAUACACUUAAGGGUCACUUUCUCAUUAGCUUCUGGAAGAAGUUGUAGGAUUGAACGUUUUUUGUUUUCAUUUUUUAAAGCAAUGGCUUACUUUCUUACUUCAACCAUGGUCUUGACAAGUAUGUUUCAUGUCUCAUCCUUCUGACAAAAUGUAUUCCACAUAAGCAGCUAUUGUCAAACACUAAAUGAAGGUAUUUUCUUCUCUGGGUUUACUGUUCCUGUGGCAUGAGUUUAUCUGUGUUUGAAAGGAACAUUGUCAUCCCUUACACUGCACACACAGGCAAUAUUAGUUUAAGAUAUUAUCCCUCCAGAUAAGUCAUUAAUGUUGAAUAAUGUAGCUGGCAUUUCAUCUCCUUCCUAAAUCCCAGGAUAUUCAUGUUAUCAUUACUCCUGAGAGGCACUGUUUUUUUUACCUUUCUUUUCUUUUCUUUUCUUUUCUUUUUUUUUUUUUUGAGACCAGAUCUCAGUCUACAGCUCCAGAAAUCAGGCUGGCAUAGAAAUCACAAUGUAGUUCAGGGUGGCUUUGAAUUCAUUCUCAUGCCUCAGUCUUACUGGGAGUAUUGAUGUGAGCUACCACGGCUUGCUUGGUGAUCUUUGAAAUUAAAAGCAAAUGGAGGGAUAAAUAGCUGUGUAAAUGAAUUUAACAGUUAUGAUAGCUGAAAAUUAUUUGAAGGAUUUUUGUGGGAUGAGGCAGAGAGAGAAAUAGAAUGAAGCCCACCACACUGAAGCCACAGAGCCACAGGGAGAAUUUCUCAAAACAAACAAAACAAAACAAAACAAAAAAACAAAAAACCCUCCGGUAGCAGCUGCCUUUUUGUCAAGCAAAGGGUCAAUGCAAUCUGUGUAAAGAAAAUAUGAAGAUGACCUACAUUGUUGGUAGGAUUGAACCAGAUGCUCAAAUUUCUAAGCUGCAGUACCUUUCUUUAUGCUCAAUUAAAUAUAUGUUGACCAACAGCUAAUGAUAUUUAAAAACUAAAAGGCUUUUGUUCUGUCACAAAUGCACUACUCUCUAGGGAGUUGGCCGAAUGUCCUUAGGUCAAGAGACUGAUCCGCCUAGAUCCAAACUAGAAAUGCCUUGUCAGUCCCUGUUGAAAUCGAACUGGUUUUCCUGUUAAAAAUGGAAGAGGUAUCUUUUAGGCCUAGGUUAUGUGAAAUCAUGGAAGUUAUUCAUCUCAUUUGACUUAAUAAACAAUGUAUUCUCUUCAGGGUUUUGGAAGUGUUUUAGCAUAGGAGACUCCUCCAUUACAGAGUCCCCCAGUAGUCAGUGUUCCAUGAGAGAAGGAAAGGAGGGUCACAGCAGAAAUCCAUCUUGAAGGUCUGAGGAAAUCACAAAUGACACUUGAUAGGUUUCCCCAAUUCUGGGGAAAGUAACUUUGAAAGGGUGAAGGCCAAUUUGCUUCAUGUACAAAGUAACAAAACAGGGCUUUAACUUGAAAAUAAACUAACUAAAAGCAAUUUUUGCUAAUUAAAAUUUAUAAGCUUGCAAUUGUAAAAUAGCUUGCACCCUUUCCAAUCUGACAGGAGGCUCUUCCUUAGGCUUUAGAAAAGGAAACUUUUGUGCUUGAAUCAGUGUGGGGAGAAACAUACUUGAUUUUGGAUGGGACUUUUUCUGACUCCUUGGAUAAAAAAUUGGAAGACCAAGGAUGGUUACCAGUUUUUUUUUUUUUUUUUGGCCUCACCAGGUAUAUGAGUUAACUUUUAAUUUUUUUUUAACUUUCCCACUGGUUUCAAGCAGAAUGGCAGAGGUUGAGACUUAUUUUGAUGAAAUUCUUGGUCAGUGGUGACUCUAGAGGGUAAUAUAGGGAGAGGUAUAAAAGUGGGGCACUAGGUUAGCUGUGUAUAGCCCUACAAAAAUAAAGAAUCGGUGGAGGCUUUAGGAAAAGUUUGAACAGGAGUUUUAUCAUCUAUGAGAUGGACCUGUUAGAAAUAAGCUGAAGAUUAGAUGAGAUAAAUGUAAAAUAUGUUGAUCAGCAAACAGGAAGAACUCAAAUAUUAGGGAUUUUGUCUGUUGGUCUCUCUGUCCCCCCCCCCCUCUCCUUGUUUAGACUUUGGAAGUAGGAACAGAGACAUGUGACUUUUGUCCCAGGUACUUGGGAAGGUGAGGUGGGAGCUAGGGCAACAUAGGAGAUUUUAAGGAAUGGUUUGGGGCAGUCUGUUACAAAUCAAAGGAUUCCAUUUCUACAAAGCAGUCUUGGAUUCACUUUGCUUUUAGAUGCCAGUCACCCAUGUUUCUUUCAUACAUUUUGAGAGACAUUCUGUCUCAAUAGACGAUUCAAGGGUUGUAAAUUCCUUAUUAUCAGGAAACUCUCUUCGAACUGAAAUACCUCACAGUGCAAUGUAAACCUCUUCUUGAUCUCAUUCUCCAUGGGAAGAAAACAUCUUGGUUGUUAUCUUUAAGGGGUCACAUAUUCUGUCUAUUAUUGCCCUUUGUCUAUGUUUGAAAACUAAGUCACAAAAGCAUGUUGAGGUGGUUAUUUUUAUUUAUUUAUUUAUUUUUUGGUUUUACGAGACAGGGUUUCUCUGUAUUGUUUUGGAAGCUGUCGGUCCAGCCCGGCCUCGAACUCUCAGAGAUCCGCCUGCCUCUGCCUCCCGAGUGCUUGUGUGCGUGUGCCACCACCGCCCGGCGAGGUGGUUAUUGUUACCCUCUUGGUGAACAUCAGGGUAGUUGUUGAUUAGCUCUUCAAUUACCCAUGCAUUUCUCCCUUUACUAAUGAUGCAUAGUGGAUGACCAAGGAAGAGUCAUUCUGGUUGUGUGGCUCUUCUUUCCAUCUGUAGGUAAAAAUGGAAGCAUAAAUCCCAGUUAUGUGAUCUGCUUUUAGAAUUAAUUCCAUAUAUGACAUUACUUGAUGAAUGUAUAACUAAUACUCCAAAAUGUUUUUAUCCCCCUUUCUAUGUGUGUGCUACCUUUUGAAAUAAAAAUUGGGGUAUUAACUCCUAACAGAGCAAAAAUUCAUAUACAGAGUAAGAAAAGAAAUCUGUUUGGUUAGAAUAAUUCACUAGUUGUUGAAUGGCACAUAGCUCUUGUUUAAGAUUACACAGUUAUUCCUGGAUAAAAUAAUAAUAAUAAACUUGAUAAAGCCCUCUGAAAAACAGCUACUAAGUAUACUGCUUCUGGAAUGUAAUCAUUAGGAAUAAAUCUUCUCAUGCUCUAUACAAUUACACAAUGCUAGUGGAACUUUCUUGUAGACUAUUUGACAAUGAAUGUCAGUUGAGUUACUAAAUGAAAUUUUUAAAGUAAUUGUAUCCUUUAAGGACUGGCUGAGAUUUUUCAGGUCCCUGACAUAAAACAUUUCAAAUGAGUGGGAUGCUGGCUUCUAACUUCUACUCAUUGGAAUGUCCGUUUAGGCAUACCAGAUGGUUGGAGCUCUCUUGAUGGUGUGUAAACAAGAUACACAAAGCUGUCUUAACUAGUGCAUGAGUUAAAAACUCUAUUUUCAGAAAAGAAAAAAAUUCUGCUAAAAAUUUCAUUGAAGAACUAAGACAAGAAUUUGAACAAACAUAUGCCCUAUAUAUUAUUGCACACAUUUUAAUGCAUGACUUUUAGCAUAGGGAUGAAAUAAAAUGCAAAAUAUUUAGUUCUGGAGAUCUCAGCAGAUAGUUAAAAUAUUUACAGAAGUUGCUUUGUAAAGACUUAGAAAAUCCUUGAUUUUCUUCAUUUUCUUAUCUCUCCAUUAAAACACAGAUAUUUUACAUAUACAGUUUCAGCAAAGAGGUUGACCAGUGAAUUUUAUGAACUCAAUUCCUAAUAUAUGGCUACUGGUUUUAUGCAUAGGUUAUCAGUAAACACAUAUAUAUAUAAUCACUAUAUAAAUCCUAAUAAUCUACUUUAAUGUAAGUAUAGUUCUUGGUCUUAAAUGUCAAUAUGCAGAUGCUAACAGUAUAAUAUAUAUUUUGUGUUCGUGUAUUAUUUUUACUUAACAAAAAGGCCAUUAGAAAUCUAAACCACUGGUAACUCAAGUACAAUUAGUUAAAUACAUUGUGUAGAAAGAAUAUUUAUAAAAACUCAAUCCAGCUUCAAAAAAGGGGACAAAGAGGAACCAGGAACCCAAACAUUUCAAAGUUAAAUUAUAUCUUUUAAAGAUUCACACAAUUCACACACUGUAACUCACACCUUUGACAUAUAAAUUCAAUGUUUUUAGUAUACUCACUAUAUUGUACAUUGUCACUAUUGUCUAACUUCAGAAAGUGUCAUUCCCAAAAGGUUCUGUAUCCAUUAGUAGUCAAAUAUCCUCCUUUCCCAGCAUUUGGCAAUGAUCCAUCUGCUUUCUGUCUUUAUGGAUUCAACUCUCAUAUGCUAUAACCAUACAAUGUGUAGCCUCUUGUGCCUGGCUUCUGUUAAAGUUUUCAUCUAUGUUGUAGCAUGAGUCAGUAUGUUCUUUGUAUGGCUAAGUAAUAUUCCAGUGUGUGUGUGUGUGUGUGUGUGUGUGUGUGUGUGUGUGUGUGUGUGAUUUGAAUUAAUCACCUUUUGGACAUUUAGAUUGUUUCUAUUUUCUAGUUAGUAUAAGUAAUGCUGCUAGAACAUUUGUGUAAUUUUUGUACAUGGUCAUAUGGCUCCUUACAUAUCUCAAAAACUAGUAGACUAACAAAUCAAGCAAUUUAUAUUUAUUUAAAUAGAAUCUCUUAAGUCCUGCUUGGAGAAUGAAACUUAAGAUCUUGGUUAAAUUGGUCAAUUGGAUCCCUGAAUAAUGCCUAGCUGUCAGGUAUGUUUGUAAGAAUCUUUCUGUGAGGAUGUCAUUUCGAUAUGGUUAUCAAUUUCUUGAGGACUCCUUCAGUCUUUGUAGAGAUUCCAUUGUCAUCACUGAAAAUUUCAGUGUUCAGCAUUCCUUUAAAGACAGCUACCAAUCAUUACUGAAGAGGGCAUUCAUUAAACCUUGUAGGACCAAUUAAGAAUCAUUUUAAAGGUAUGGUUUCUUAUUUAUCAACUGUCUCAACAUUUGAAUCUUCCUUCUUGGGAAAACGAUCAACAAAUUGCCAAAUCUACAGAGUGUUGUAGUUUAAGUUUUCAUUAUUAAGAACUAAUUCAUAAUGAGAGUAAAAGUGUAAAGAAUGUAUUUUGUGUGUAAAGAAUGAAUGUAUUUAACAAAGUCUUUUUAUUUGUAAUGAUUUUUAAAAAAAGCUGAAUGGAAAUUGAUUUCCCAUGUACUUGUACAUAAAUAAACAUUUCCUGUUGCCCCCGA